CUUGCAUGUCCCAGAAUUUUCUAAGUAUGCGAAUAUGGGUGAAGGCAAUGUUGCGGCGGAAGAUGGUAAGUUUAGUGUCGGAAUGGAAUUUGGUUCUAGAGAAUCGGUGAUAUCUGCAAUCAAAAGCUACACUAUCUCUAGAGAAGUUGAUUACAAUGUGUAUGAGUCUGAGCCGCUAAUAUUCUAUGCAAAAUGCAAGGGGUAUGGUGCAGUGUCCAAUUGGCUUAUCCGAGCUAGCUUGAUUCGAAAAAAAUGUUGUUGGGAGAUCAGGAGAUAUAAUGGCAAACACACGUGUACCAUGGGGACGAUUUCACAAGAUCAUGCCAAGUUGGACUUGGACAUUAUUGCAGAUGCUAUUAGGCUGUUGGCUGAAGCAAACCCGUCAAUAAAGGUGAAGUCUAUUAAUGCAGAAGUUCAAUCUAGAUUCAACUACACUAUAAGUUACCGCAAGGCUUGGUUGGCAAAAUAG